ACGUGAGCGAGGGCCCGGUGGGCGGCGCCCUGCUGGACUCCCUGCGGAGCUGCACCGAGGCCUUCUUCCUGGGCCUGCAGGUCAGGUGCCUGCCCGCAGUGGCCGCUGCAUCCAUCCGCUGCUCCUCCCGCCCCACUCAGGACUCUGACAGGCUGCAGCUGCACACAGAUGGCAUCCUGUCCUUCCUGAGGACCCGCAAGCCGGGCGACGCGCUGUGUGUGCUGGGCCUCACGCUGUCCGACCUGUACCCCCGCGAGGCCUGGCGCUUCACCUUCGGCACCUUCCUCCCCGGGCAGGAAGUGGGCGUCUGCAGCUUUGCCCGGUUCUCCGGGGAGCUCCCGCAGGGGUGGCCCGGAGCCCGGGAUCCAGCCCCGGCACAGAUGGCAGCAGAAGACCCGGAGACUGCCCUGCAGGACAGAGGCCGCGCCCUGCGCUUCAGCGCCCUGGGGAUGGUCCAGUGCUGCAAGGUCACGUGCCAUGAGCUGUGCCACCUGCUGGGCCUGGGGAGCUGCCGCUGGCUGCGCUGCCUCAUGCAGGGGGCUCUCAGCCUGGACGAGGCCCUGAGGCGGCCCCUGGACCUCUGCCCCAUCUGCCUGCGGAAGCUGCAGCACGUCCUGGGCUUCCAGCUCGUGGACAGGUACAAGAGACUCUACACCUGGACCCAGACCGUGGCGGGGAAGUGGCCGGGCCAGGAGGCAGGGGAGCCGUCGUCGGUGUGGGAGGACACCCCGCCCUGCAGUGCCGACUCGGGCUUGUGUGGUGAGAGCGACGUGGAGCCAAGCACCAGCCUGUCGGAGCCCCUCACCCCCGACACGUGGACCCCCGACAAGUGGACGCCCGCCUGCUUGGCAGAGCUGGAGCCCGAGGACGGGCUGGGCUCCCUGGUGGUCUCGGAGGUCCCGCCGCAGCUCGGAGCCCCGGCGGAUGCCGUCUGGGAGCACGAACAGUGGCUGGAGACCUGCAUCCGGGCCCUGGAGAGGGAGGUGACUGAGGAGGAGCUGGCACAGGUGGACAGGGCUGUGGACGCCCUGGCGCGGUGGGAGAUGUUCACGGGGAGGCUCCCAGCCCCCAGGCAGGACCUGGGCUGUGGCAGCGAAGCCUCGGGCCUGCGCAAGGUGCUGGGGGACAAGCUCUCCUCCCUGAGAAAGAGGCUGUCCGCGCGCAGACUGUCCAGGGCAAGCCCUUCUCCCUGUCGCGGGAAGGCCGGGGACAAUUAGUCCAGCAGUGUGUCCUAUCCAACACCUGGCUUCCCCCAGGACACCAGUGCCUGGAGCCAUCCAGUGACCAGGGCCCCAGGGGUCAGGGUCCCUCAGAAGCCGAGGAACAUCUGUCUUCAGAGGCUAUUCAAGCCCUGUGUCCUACUGACCAUGCGCUCCCAGGCCCCACUCAGCCUGGCAGGGUCCCCAGGGUCCCAGCCUGGACCUCACGGUGGUGGCGAGUCUCUGGGCCCGUGAGCCCCUCUGGCAUCUACCGCAGCUCCUGAGGACCAUCACCAGGGCCCCUCUCUGAGGGACCAAGGGGCCUGCUUCUGUCGACAGUGUCCCUCCCCACAGAAGGGUCACUCUCUGCGGCGCUCACAGCAUCGGGUCCUUCGGGGCUUCACACGGGCGUCCCGCGCCAGUUCCGGAUGCCACCGCCCCCCGAGCACAGGCCUCCGAGGCCUGCCGUGUCCUGUGACAACGCUGCAGGAGGCGGGUAUCUGACACAGGCGCUGGGACUGGCCAGUCAGUGUUCCUGCGACCCUCUGUCUGCACUGACUUUGUCCAGUUCUGUCCAUCACCCCCGUGGGCAUAACAGUCUGCACCUGACUGUGGACCUGCUGGUCCCCCCAAUGCUGUGACUUCUGUUGUUAUUAAUUCUCACCUGAGGACAUUUUUCCCAUUGCUUUUCAGAGAGCGUGGAAAGGAGGGGGGGAGAGGGAAACACCAGCGUGAGGGACACGCACGCU